CAAACGGUUGAAGAUCUAGAGUGUAUACCAACACCCAACCUAAUGAACUAGACUUUGUGGGCACUACCCUUCUCCGUGAGUGGCCCCACCCGCGUGAUUAGUAUUGCGCUUGCGUAGUUUAGUUUCAUAUCGCACAGUCAAAGACAAAGUUUUGAUAUCGUUAAGGCAAGCUUUGAGGAUUAAGUUAGUAAUUGGUAUUUAGUUUAUGGUGACCGUUUGUGGACCUGGGGUGUAGAAUUAGUUUUCAUCAGAAAUAACGUCAGUGGUUUUGAGUACGGAUAAGUUUGGGUGAGAAGUUUGGAACUGGAGAUGACCAGAUCCGGUGGAUAGGAAAUCCCUUACCCAGGGUGAUGGUGGAACUGGUUUAGAGCAGAAAGGGUAGUGGAGUGAAAUCAAGGGCGUAAGGGGAUGAUAACUGAAGGAGAAACAAGAAGCUGGUGAUGAUGAUCGGUGGUGGUGUUACGACACUUCCGGGAACUCCCAAGCCGGCAGCUGUAAUCAACGAGACGGUUAUUGAUGUUAUUGGCAGUGCAAGUGGCAGUGGCAGUGGUAGUGGAAGCCCUGCGACGGGCGCGUUGCGGACUUCGAGUAACGACACUGAGACUAGCAAUAACAAUAAUAGCAGUAGUCAUAAUAAUAAUAAUAAUAAUAACGAUCUACAUGCUAUCAUCGUUGGUAAUGUGCCUAGUGCAAAUCUCGCGGGGAGAAAGACAUGUUGUCAAGACGAAGACGCUACACCGGGUAGCACGGUAACAAGACCUUGGGAGCCACCUUCACCGACCCUUUCGCAGCAGCAGGCCAGAUCUCAUUUGUUACAAAUGCAUUCUGCACGUCAUCACUCGCACCCGCAGCAGCAGCAUCAUCAUCAGACGAUCAAUGUUCAACCGGCACCAUUGCUUGACGGUGUCAGUCUACAAAACUGCACGGCUGGACCGUUCCCCGCGGGAAACAGCAGCAGUGUUUCACGGCAACGUCUCCUCGAACUCUCCCAUGGAUUGGGUGCCCUGAGGCACUACAACGAUUUGGCAAAUCAUGUACUUUCCUUAAAUCAACAGGGCGCUGUCGUCACGAAGUUACUGGGCACCCUCCGCCCACCGGGUCUGAUUGGUGGCAGCAAACCCAAAGUAGCGACGCCCGCAGUAGUAGCCAAGAUUGAACAGUACAAAAGAGAAAACCCGACCAUCUUCGCCUGGGAGAUUCGGGAGAGACUUAUCUCAGAAGGAGUUUGCAGUAACGCAACUGCACCGUCUGUGAGUAGUAUCAACCGAAUUCUACGAAAUCGUGCGGCGGAACGUGCCGCAGCUGAAUUUGCAAGAGCCGCUGGCUACGGUCUAUAUGCAGCUGGACCGCAUCCAUAUUUUAAUUCAGGGCACCAUCAUCCCUCUUCGGUUCACCACUUAUCAUCAGGAUGGCCAGGUCCCGGCGCAGGAGGUCAUCCUUGGGUACUGCCGCCCCUGGGAUCGGGAAUGUCCAGUGCAGCUUCGGCACUUUUACUUCCUUCGCCUUUGAGUCCUGGAACUGCUGCAGCCGCAGCGGCUGCAGUUGCGUCGGCAUCCGUCGCUGCGAGUCCAGAUCAUGCUCUUCAGGCAGCCGAUGCAAUCGCCCGUGGAUAUCUCCAAGGUGAUUUUUGUGCCGACGGUGAUCCAGAUGAUGGAAGCCUUGAUGACUCCGAACAACCCAAAUUCCGCCGCAACAGGACAACCUUUAGCCCGGAACAGCUAGAAGAGCUUGAAAAGGAGUUUGAGAGAUCUCACUACCCCUGCGUAUCAACGCGGGAACGUCUGGCUUCGAAGACCUCCUUAUCGGAGGCUCGCGUACAGGUUUGGUUUUCCAACAGACGGGCAAAGUGGCGGCGCCAUCAACGAAUGAACCUUUUAAAACGCUCGCCACCGCCGCCACCGCAACAACCUGUACCGCAUUCCGUUGGUUUGGAUAUCAACCGUACCGCGGGAUGUUCUGUCGGCGGAAUGGGCGGCGAAAAUAGUGCCUUCCGGGCAGUCGUCACUGGACCUGUAACUAUUGAACGAGUCGAGAUGAUUGAUAAUAAUGCUAGGCAAACGGAGAGGAAACCAAGUGCCUUCCGGAUGAUCAGUCAGUUGGUUGGUGACAUUUCUCCUAAUUCUCCACCUUCUACGAAUGUUGGACCAGACCAACGAAAAAUAGAACCCGGAGUAGAAUCUGGGCCUGGGCCAGGGCCUGGGAGGACAUAUAUGGAAUCUGUUGAGGACGAGGAUGAGGAAAUAGACGUUCAAGAUUCCGAUCAGGAUGUUCCUUCACCAUCACCAGUAGUUUGGAGGGAUCACUGGACCGAUCAGCAACCUCUUGAAUUGACCAAGCACGAUCGCUGAACUCGAUCAGCUGUUACUUACUGGUUUCUGGUAUAGAACUUAUCUCGUCUAAGCUGGUAGGCACCGGUUGGACAAGAGUAAGGAGUAGACAGAGUUGCACAAGGAGUCUUAUCUUCCAUGGGUCGAGGAAUUGCAAAACGACUUCAAGUUUUGACAUUCAAGACGAUACUAGCGUCAGCAUUGUGCGGAAAAAUUAUUGAACAUGUAUUCAGGUCUAUCACGUCGUCAAUACAAACGCUGAGAUAAAAAUGUAAUAUGACUGUUAAAAGU